AUGACCACCAACGGACACGAGAGCGAAUCAAAAUAUCUUUGGGACACGUCCAUGAUGUACCAGAAGAACCCCGAACAUUCUGCAGGAGCUGCCACGUUGCAAUAUACCAUUGCUACGUGUCGCCACGCGAGACGGCCUGAAAACCUAUUUAAUCAAGAGCCAUUAACACUCUCUUCCAUUGCUACUGUGUGUGUAUCCUCAAAGCAAUUGAAGUUAAAAGCAAUUAAACACACAGGGAAAAUGCAAAGCGGGAAGAAUGCAGUGGCCAACGUAACCCACUCCGCUAAGGCUGGCGUGGAGAAGGCCAAGGCCACCGUAACGGGGGGUGGCACAGGGCAUCACACCGGAACCCACCCGACGUCAGCCUUGCCUGGACAUGGCGCUGGCCAUAAUGUGCUGGGGGGGUCGCACCCCAUUGGCACUGGCACAGGCCAUCACACCGGAACCCACGCGACGUCAGCCUUGCCUGGACAUGGCGCUGGCCAUAAUCUGCUGGGGGGGUCGCACCCCACUGGCACAGGCACAGGCCAUCACACCGGAACCCACCCGACCUCAGUCUUGCCUGGACAUGGCGCUGGCCAUCAUAAGCUGGGUUAG